AUGCCGAGCCGUCUCUUCUUCCGCCUCGUCUGCCCCUCCGUGUAUCGCUUGGCAGCCUAUUCCAGCAUCCCCCUCUUUUUCCUCAGCGCUUGGACGGAGCAGAAGUACUGUGCAGGUCGUCAGCUAGUCCGCUGCCUCACUGCCGUGUCCGUGACCCUCUUUCAGCUGGGUGACAGCUGUCGGACCAGCAGCCACAGGGACUACCUCAUGCUGUAUAUCUGUUGGGCUUGGGUUCUCGUCCCAGAGAAGGCCCAAGCCGUCGCAUCUGGCCUUUGUGUGCUGUAUAUCUUGGGUAGUGGCCUCUCGAAGCUCCGUGUGGGCGGCACUGCCUGGCCGGCGCCGGCCACGCUGCGGGCGAUCCUGAGGACCUUCGCCCAGAAGACGCCACGGCAGGGCGGUCCCAUCCUGCUGUUUGCGAACCGCUGGGUGUGCCACUCCGAUCUGCUUUGUGGAUUCUUGGCCUCCACGACCUUGCUCUUCGAAUGCCUGUUGGCACCCUUGGGCGCCUUCCUUCUGCCCAGCCAUUGGCGCUUGCCGAGCGUCGGCCUCGCCAUGGUGCUGCUGCACCUGGGCAUCGGAGCAGUACAGAGCGGUGCCAUUGGUGCAUUCUUCUUGCCCAACGUCGCAGCGUAUGUCCUUGGCUUUGGGACGUUCACGUCUGGGGAGGACCUCUCCAUCCUUGCACCCAGUUGGUGGAUAGCCUUGGUGACCUGUUUCCUUCCCCUGUGCCUGGCUGCAGCUCGCGAAACAAGUUUGAUCCAAGAGGACUGGCCCUGGACGCCGUUUGCACUUUUUCCUUGGAACUCCGAUCAGUGGGAGUUCUUGCACCAGCAUUUGGUGGAAGGUGAUACUCGCCUAGUGGCCCUGGCUGGCGAAGCCUCGCUACCGGGUGCGCGGGUGAUCCCCAUCGAACACCGCUCCGACGUGCCACUGCUGCAGCGGCGGGUGGAGCCCAACGAAGGCGAAGUGGUGUGCUAUGAUCUCUGGAGCCGUACCAUUGGCAUCACCACUUACCAAGAUGAAGUAAUGUUGGCCCUUCUGGAUCUUCACCAGGGUGAGCUGCUGAAAGCUGAGAAGAGUCAAGAGAAGCUGAAGCAGAUACUUCAACUCACCGCCAAGUUUCUGGAGACCGGGCGCGUGCUGGAAGUCUCCACUGGACAACCGCUGAUGCGCUGCUUCCUCGUGCGUGUGACCCGCGGUCUGAGGGUACAGGAAGUGCUCAUGGAGGGCUGCGGCUGA